GCAAGAGGAAGCUCUCGUUGUGAGCUCCACAUCCCAGGGCCGUGUGCUUCGAGGGAGUGGUUGCCCCGGCCAUGCCGUCUUCGAGGAUGUGAGGACCGGCCGUCCCGCUGGCGACAAGAAGGUUGCGCUUAGGCAGCUCCAAACCUGCGGGGCUUGCGGUGCAGCUUGCGGUGCAGCUUGCGGUGCCGCUUGCGGUGCUGCUUGCAGUGCUGCUUGUGGUGCUGCCUGUGGGACCACUUGCGGCUCAUGCGGCACUUUCCUGGGCACGUGCCCCGCUGGAGGGGCAUGCGGGGCGUGCGGAGCAUGUGGUGCAGCAUGCGGAACGGCAUGCGGGGCAGCCUGCGGCACGGCAUGCGGAGCUGCCUGCGGAGCUGCAUGCGGAGCUUCCUGUGGAACAGCUUGUGGUGCAGCCUGCGGCGCCGGCUGCGGAGCCGCAUGCGGCACAGCCUGCGGAGCAGGCCGCAGGCUCGCCUGCGGCGCCUGCGGUGCAUGUGGUGCUUGUGGCGCAUGCGGCGCCUGCGGCGCCUGUGGCGCCUGUGGAGCAGCCUGUGGUGCGUGCGGUGCAUAUAAGUGCCUGGGGCAGAUGUUCUGCGGACGCGGCCUCACACAGAUGCACAACGGCGUUGCCCUUAGCCUGUCGCAGUGCAACCUGAACGGGUACCAGAUCACGAUCGACCAGAAGCAGGACCUCACGGACGUUAGCUAUGUCUUCGAGAACGGCCGCAUGAAGGCGUCCGCUAAGCGAGCUUUCAACACUGGCGAUGCCACAGACCUGGUUCUGGCCACGGGUACUCCCUACUACGUCAUCCUGGCCAUUGGCGGCAAUAAUCCUACCAUGAACGUGGCUUACCAUGGUACAUCCUCACAGCAGAACCUGGUGUGCCUUAGCACCCUGACGCAGAAGUUCGAGUGCAAAGCGCCUGCGGAGUGGGCGACUGGGCUUGAUACAUAG